AUGUUGUGUUUAACGCAGGGGGACUGGGUGUGGCUGGACUCCGACAUCGGAGUCCCCAUCGGAGCCAAGGUGAAGGAGCCGGCGCCAGGUCGGCGGGUCCUGGUGGACGAUGAGGGGAAGGAGCACCGGCUGUCCCCGGAGCUGGAGGCCUCGCUCAGGCUCAUGCACCCCACGGCGGUGGACGGCGUGGACGACAUGAUCAGGCUGGGGGACAUGGACGAAGCCAGCGUCCUGAGGAACCUGAUGCUCCGACACAGACACGGCAUCAUUUAUACCUACGCGGGCUCGGUGCUGGUCGCCGUGAAUCCAUACCAGAAUGUUCCCAUAUACACCGACCAGCAGGUGCGGUUAUACCACGGCCGACAGCUCGGCGAACUCCCGCCGCACAUCUUCGCCAUCGCCGAAUCCUGCUACUACAACAUGAAGCGGCGUUUUAAGAACCAGUGCUGCAUCAUCAGUGGGGAAUCUGGAGCGGGGAAGACGGAAAGCACCAAACUCAUCCUGCAGUACCUGGCAGCCAUCAGCGGCGAGCUUUCCAAAAAGCAGAUUGAAAAGCAGAUCCUGGAGUCCAACCCCAUUCUCGAAGCUUUUGGAAAUGCGAAAACGAUCCGCAAUGACAACUCCAGUCGCUUCGGGAAAUAUCUGGAGAUCUUCUUCAACAAGCACGGGGUGAUCGAGGGCGCUCGCAUCGAGCAGUAUCUCCUGGAGAAGUCUCGUGUCUGCCAUCAGGCAGCGGAGGAGAGGAACUACCACAUCUUCUACUGCAUGCUGGCCGGAAUCACGGAGGAGGAGAGGAAGGCUCUGAGCCUGGGGAAUGCUGAGGAGUACAACUUCCUGUCCAAGGGGGACUGCGUCCUGCGCGAAAGCAGGGAGGAUGCCAGAGACUUCAAACGUCUUCGCUCUGCAUUGAAAGUCUUGACCUUCUCAGAAAGCAAGAGUCGGGAGAUCCUCAAGCUGCUGGCGGCCAUCCUGCACCUGGGAAACGUCUACUUUGAAGCCAUCACUCAGGACAACUUGGAGACGAGCGACGUCACCAAGUCUCAGCAUUUCAGCAUCGCGGCGUCUCUUCUGGAGGUGCGGACGUCCACGCUGGCCAACAGCCUGACCCACCGCUCCUUCAUGACCAGCAGAGAGAGGGUGACCAAGCCUCUGAGCUCGGAGCAGGCGGCGGACUCCAGGGACGCCUUUGUCAAGGCAGUCUACAACAAACUGUUCAUAUGGAUUGUUGGGAAAAUCAACAGUGUCAUCUACAAGACGUUGACAAACAGCUCCAGGUCGUUCUUCGUCUCCAUUGGCCUGCUCGACAUCUUUGGGUUUGAGAACUUCGAGACCAACAGUUUCGAGCAGCUUUGCAUUAAUUUUGCGAACGAGAAGCUGCAGCAGUUCUUUCUGGAACACGUCUUCAAGCUGGAGCAGAAAGAGUACCUGAAGGAGGACAUUAAGUGGAAAAACAUCCGAUUCAGCGACAAUCAGGACAUCCUGGACCUUCUCGCUGGGAAACCUUGCAACGUUCUGUCUCUGAUCGACGAAGAGAGCAACUUCCCAAAGGGAACAGACAUCACCAUGUUGAACAAGCUGAACCAGCACCACCGACAGAACCAGUCCUACAUCGCGUCCAGAACCGACCACGACACCGACUUUGGGAUCCGCCACUACUGCGGAGCCGUCCACUACGACUCCAGAGGUUUCCUGGAAAAGAAUCGAGACGCCGUCAGCGCCAACAUCGUGAAGAUGUUGAGCACGUCCACCAACAAGCUGCUCCGCCAGAUAUUUGAGGCCGAGCUCUCCGCCAGCGAGCUGAAGACGACCAACAACAGGAGGGUCACCAUCACGCCCUCCAACUCUCUGCGGGUACGAGAGCGUGGCCGUCUGCGCCGUUCGGUCCCGACGCUGGGCGGCCAGUUCCGACAGUCUCUGGACUCCCUCAUGAGGACUCUGUCCGUCUGCCAGCCCUUCUUCAUCCGCUGCUUCAAACCCAACAACGACAAGCAGCCCAAGAGGUUCGACAGAGAGCUGUGUUUGCGUCAGUUGAGGUACUCGGGCAUGAUGGACACCGUCCAUAUCCGAAACCUGGGCUUUCCCAUCCGACACACCUUCGCGGAGUUUCUGGAGCGCUACAGGGUGCUCCUGAAGAUGACCGAGGCUGAGCGCAAAACCGCCAAACCCGAGGCCUGCUGUGAAGCCAUCUGCAGAGCCGUCAUCCUCAGGAAGGAAGAGUGGAAGAUAGGCAGGACCAAGGUUUUCCUGAAGGAUGCCCACGAUGGCGCCCUGGAAGUCCUGAGGGACCAGGAGCUCAACAGGAAGGCCUUGGUGGUCCAGAGAGUCAUGCUGGCUCACACUCACAGAAAGUCUUUUCUGAGGAAGCGGGCCGCCGCGGUGCUGCUGCAGAGGACCUGGAGAGCUUACAGAGCGAGGAAGGAGCUGAAAACGCUGCGCCGGGGCUAUGAGCGGCUGGUGUCGGUGGUCCGCAGCCGGAGGCUCCGUCGGCGGUUCGAGAGGCAGCAAGCCGCUGCAGUCACCAUCCAGACCCAGAUACGAGGCUACUUGGCGAGGAAGGAGUUAGAGCGGAGAAGAGAGGCUUAUCGCCUGGAGACGCAGAGUCCUGAGGACUUGUUGGUUUUGGAGCUUCAGCAGCGACUGGAGGAAGUUAUCGCCGAGGCGACACAGAGCAUUGAGAGGUCCAGCUUGAUCUCCGAGCUGACUUCAGAGAUCAGCGUCCAAGAGUCCGAGGACAGUACCUCACAGUUUGAGAUGGAAGAGCCAACAGAAUCGCCGGAGAAAACCCCGAUAACCAUCGUCGUCACGCCGCCGACAAAGCCAACAACAAACACCCUGGAGCAGGACGACGACGACGAUGACGACGACCCGUUCUCCUUCUACAAGUUCAGCCGUCUUUACUUCCAGAACGGGGCGUCCCACUCUCACACCAGCCAGAGGCUGAAGGAGGCGCUUCUGCCCCACGACGACGAAGGCGAUGAAAAGGCGUGUUUGACCAUCUCCUGGAUCAUCCUGCGCUUCAUGGGGGACAUUCCGGAGCAGUUCGGCGUGGCUCCUCAGGCUUCCAGCCUCGCCGCCGCUCCUCACAUGUCUGUCCAGCAGGCCAGGAAGCUGAGCGCACUGGUGGGACUGGACCAGAUUAUACUGCGGAGGAACAAGAAGAAGCACGGAGGCGGAAACAGGAAAGGCUCGGCUCUCAGUGAAGAGCUGGAAAACCUGACAGAGGAUGAAGACAUUAUGAUUGGAGAGGGUCCCACCCUGGACCGUACGCUGACGCUCCUGGAAAAGCUGCAUGUGAUUGUUGGAUUCGGCCUGUCGAGGCCAGACAUACGGGAUGAGAUUUACUGUCAGAUCUGCAAGCAGCUGGUGAAAAACCAGAACUCAAAGAGCCACGUGCUGGGCUGGGUUCUCCUGUCGGUCUGCCUCGGGAUCUUCCCUCCAACUGAUGUCUUCUUGAAGUAUCUGGAAAGUUUUGUGCGUAAAGGCCCGAGUGGCUACAGAGAAUACUGCACGGAGCGCCUGACUCGUAUCGUCGCGAACAGGGAGAGGCGGGAGUUGCCCUGUUGGAUCGAGCUGCAGGCCGCCACGGAACAGGAGCCCAUCGACGUGUCUGUGGCUCUGGUCGACGGCCGCAACGUCACUUUAGAGCUGGACUCCGCCUCCACCGCCGGCGAAAUCUGCCAAGCUGUGGCAGAAAAGAUUGGCCUCAGAGACAGCUACGGGUUCUCCGUGUACAUCAGCUUCCAGGACAAGAUGUGGUCGCUGGGCAGCGGUGCGACACACGUGUUGGACGCCGUGUCUCAGUGCGAGCAGGAGAUGAGACGGCAGGGGAAGCAGGAGAGGGACACCACCUGGAAGCUGUCCAUUCGCAAGGAGCUGUUCAGACCCUGGCACAGCUGCCAGCUGGAUCCGGUCAGCACUGAUCUGAUCUACAACCAGAUCAUCAAGGGAAUCAAGUCUGGAGAGUACGUCAGCGAGAAGGAAGAUGACUAUGUCCAGCUGGCGGCGAAGCACUACUUCGUCCACUUUGGCUCAAAGCACAGCAGAGACAACGUCCAGAAGGUGGUGGACGACUGCAUCUCCACCGCAUCAAUAGAGAAUAAGUCUCUGACCAGAUGGGUCCAGCUCAUCAGCACCGCGCUCCCCCAGAGGUCGGACGUGGAUGAACUGAGCAAAGAUAAAGUCAAAGCAGAGCUGGUCGACCUCGCCCGGGAGAAAUGGCGAGUCCACUUCUCCAAGUUUUACGAAGUGACGAUGACAUCAGGACCUCCUCUGCCCAAAAGCAGGUUUUUUGUGGCUGUGAACUGGAGCGGCGUCUUCUUUAUGGAAGGGAGAGACGGGAAGCUGCUGGAGAUUCCCUACAUAGAAAUCAAAAACGUCGGUGUCGGCACCCGGUCCAUGACUCUGACCACGGUCGGACAAGAGUACAUCCUGAAGUCGGAGAGCGCCGCCGACAUGGCGGCGCUGAUCCAGGAGAACCUAGAAGGUCUGAGGCAGCGCUCCAUAUACGCCCUGGUUCAGAGUGAAGUCAGUAGACAAGACGACCCCACCUGGCUGGCGUGUAAACGAGGCGACCUCCUGCUGGUAGAUAAAAGUGAAGAGUCUUCACCUGACCAGGACUGGAUCGUAGCAACCAACCAGCGCACCACUGGCACCGGGCGGGUGUCCAGAGACUGGGUCCAGAUCCUGCCGACGCUCAGCAGGCCCUCCGAUGAGAUGCUGAAACUGCUCAGUUCGAAGCAGAAGAAAGUUUCCAAAAAUCCCCCAGCAGAAGACGAAGCCAUCGUGGUGGCUGUGUCUUUGAAAGAGUUUGCCAUCCAGAACUUCAGACCUGAAGGGAAAGUCAGUGGUCGGGAUGCUGCAUUCAAAACGGCCAGCAAGGACAAGCUGUGGGUGUGGACCAGGGAGCCGCUCAGACAGCCCCUCCUGAAGACGCUGGUGGACUCCGAGCUCAGCUCCCUGGCCUGCAACACCUUCACUGCUAUCCUGAAGUACAUGGGCGACUACCCCAUCAAGCACGUGCGCAGCCCUCUGGAUCUGACCGAUCAGAUCUUUAGUGGAGCAACCCAGCAUGAAGCUCUGCGGGAUGAAAUCUACUGCCAGAUCAUGAGACAAAUGACCAACAACAGCAGCAGGCUGAGUCUGGAGCGUGGGUGGCAGCUGCUGUGGCUGUGCUCAGGCCUGUUCCCGCCCAGCCAGAGCCUGAUGAAACACGCCCAACGCUUCCUGCAGUCGCGGCCCAAAGAGCAGCUGUCCGCCGACUGUCUGCAGAGGAUGCAGGAGAUGUGCAGCAAGGAGCCAAGGAAGCUUCCUCCUCAUACAGCAGAAGUGGAAGCCAUUCAGCAGAGCAGCACCAAGAUGUACCAGAAGAUCUACUUCCCAAACGACACAAAUCAAAUAUUCGAGGUGAAAUCGGCCACCACCAGCAAAGACCUGUGCCACAGCAUCGCCGCUCAUCUCAAACUGAACUCUGCAGACGGAUUUGGCCUUUACCUGAAAACCACUGACAAGAUUACAAGUCUGGAGGAGCAGAAAUAUUUCUUUGACAGCCUGAGACCGACACAAGAAACACCUAAAAAAGGGAAAAAACUCAAAGAAGUCAAUCAGGCCAACACGCGGUCUCUGGUGAUCUGUAAGAGGAAGCUGUGGUUCAACGUUAGCCCAGGGAAGGACCUGGUGGCAGAUCUCACCUUCCAUUUCCCACAGGAGAUGUCCAAGUACCUGCGUGGAUACCAUGUGUGCACCAGAGAAGAUAUGAUCCGGCUUGGCGGACUGCUGUUCAGAGCCAGAGUGGACUCAGACAGGUCGCAGUUUGUCAUGAUCCCCGUAAUGCUGAAGGACCUGGUUCCUGCCGACCAGCUGCAGCUCAUGAAGCCUGACGACUGGAAGAAGCACAUCAUCUCCUCUUACAAAGAACAGGGUGGCAUCUCUGUGGAAGAGGCCAAAGUAGCCUUCCUGAGAGCGAUUUCCAGUUGGCCGACGUUCGGUUGUGCCUUCUUUCAAGUUAAACAAACCAUCGAGUCAAGCUACCCGAACACGCUUCUGUUUUCCAUCAACAAGAAAGGCGUCACUCUGAUCGACCCGAAAACAAAGGAGCCGCUGGUCAUGCACCCGUUCAGCCGCAUCAUCCAGUAUGGCAGCAAGGGCAGCAGCUUCCAGAUGACCAUCAGCACCCUGGUGAGAGGCAUCGUGUUCGUCUGCGAGACUGCUCAGGCUCAUGCAAUGGAGGACCUUUUCCGAUCGUAUAUCAGCAUGUACGAGGCUCAGACCACAUCGUUUCAACAGAAGGGCCGCAGGUUUUCCUGA